AUGGCUGGACGCCGACGCCUUCCCUCAUGGAACUCCACCCGGGGAAAAGCGGGAUUGCUCUCCCUCCUCCUCGUGGCCGCGCUGAGCCGCCAGUCCCUGGAGAAAUCCCUUCCCGCCGGCUACCGGGAGCACGAGGAUCCCCGGGAAUCUCCGGGGCUGAUCCGGUGCGGCGAGUACAGCAACCAGGUGCUGCCGGACGGGCGGUGCCGGAUCGUGGCCACGCUGCCGCAGGGCGACGAGCAGCGCUGCCCGGACCUGUUCCGCUGCACCGACGAGGUCUCCUACUGGCUGCACGAGAACGAGGAGCGCAAGCAGCAGAUCCUGGAGCUCCGCGAGCUCAUCGCCGAGCUCCAGGAGGAGCUGCGCAACCACCGGCACCGCCUCAAGGCCCUGGAGAUACAGCAGGAGGAGGCGGCGGGGCGGAACCAGAGCCUGAUCCAGAGGCUGCAUGACCUGGAGCAGCAUUCCCGGGAAUCCAGCACGCUGCAGCACAUCCAGGCCACGCUGCUCUACGACAUCCAGGCGCAGAUCAACAACAUCUCCGCCCUGGCCGACUGGGCCUGGCGCAACCCCAGCUGCCUCAGCCCCGCCGACCUCCGCCUCCAGGAGGAGAUGCGGCACCCAGAAAUCAAACACGGCCGGAAUUGUCCCAUCGACUGCGCUUCCGUCUACUACAACGGGCUCCGGAGAUCCGGGAUUUACAGCAUCCUGCCCUCGGUCCGCGGAAUUCCCAUCGAGGUCCUCUGCGAGAUGGACACGGAAGGGGGUGGCUGGACCGUCAUCCAGAGGCGCCAGGACGGAUCCGUGGAUUUCAACCGGACCUGGAACGAGUACAAAGAAGGAUUUGGGGACCUCAAUGGGGAAUUCUGGCUGGGCAACGACAACAUCCACAGGAUGACCAGCCAGGGGGAUUAUUCCCUACGGAUCGACCUGGAAGACUGGAAUAACAAACACAAACACGCCUUCUACCAGGUCUUCAGCAUCGAGGACGAGGAAAACUUCUACCGGCUGCACGUGGACGGGUUCAGCGGCACCGUGGAGGAUUCCUUCGCCUGGUACCACGACAAGAGGAGCUUCAGCACUCCGGAUUCCGGGAAUAUCUGUGCCGAGAUUUCCCACGGGGGCUGGUGGUACCACCAGUGCUUCUUCUCCAACCUCAACGGCGUCUACUACAAGGGCGGCCGAUAUUCCAUCAAGAACCGGAAGAUGCUGGGCCCGGACGGGAUCGUGUGGUAUUCCUGGAAGGACACGGACUACUAUUCCCUGCGGAAGGUGGUGAUGAUGAUCCGGCCGCGCGCCUUCCGGCCCCACCUCUCCCCGUGA